CCUAGUGUAUUUGUCCACACUCACGAACAGCACAACGCCUGCCGAUAUUCCUCAAACUCUUUGCAAACUAGUUUACGAGUCUCUACAGGACUGAUUGUAUUCAUCUGCAUCUCCACAUGUGAAUCUCGCGAGAGUUUGACAGUGGGAAAUGCUUCCGGCGCUGGACGUUCACGCGAGAUGUCAGACGGUCUCCUGAUGGAGGUAUGUGUGGACUCAGUUGAGUCAGCCAUAAACGCAGAAAGGGGAGGAGCUGGUCGUGUUGAGCUGUGCUGUAACCUGCUGGAGGGAGGGACGACGCCCAGCACAGGUCUGUUGCAGGUGGUCAAAGAGAACGUGCGGAUCCCGGUGUAUGUCAUGAUUCGACCCCGUGGAGGAGACUUCCUGUACUCGGACUGGGAGGUGGAGGUGAUGAAGAGGGAUAUUGAGCAGAUGAAGAGUCACAGAGCGGACGGGCUGGUGUUCGGAGCGCUGACAGAAGACGGACGUGUGGAUACUGAGCUCUGCAUGGAACUUCUGGCGGUUUCUCGACCUUUACCAGUUACGUUUCACAGAGCCUUUGAUAUGGUCCACGAUCCAGUGGUUGCGUUAGAAGCUCUGGUCUCGCUGGGCUUUGAGAGGAUUCUGACCAGUGGUUGUGACAGCUCUGCUCUGGAAGGUUUACCUGUAAUUAAACGACUGGUGGAACAGGCAAAAGGCAGAAUAGCAAUAAUGCCAGGCGGUGGAAUCACCGAAAGAAACCUUCAGAGGAUUCUAGAAGGCUCUGGCUCUCAGGAGUUCCACUGCUCUGCUCGCUCCAGCAAGGACUCCAGCAUGAAGUUUAGGAAUUGUAAUGUCAGUAUGGGAGGCUCUCUGUCUGUCCCAGAAUAUGCAGUAAAAGUGGCUGAUGUGACUAAAGUACGAACACUGAACGCCAUUGCGAGGAACACACUCUAGGAUACAUGGAGAAUCCUGUACAGUGAUACCAGAGGGAAACUCCUGUAAUUCUUCAAUAAGGAUAUUCCUGUGAUGACAGUUUUUGUUGGAACAAAAUGAAAAACUUUAAAAUGUCAAGAUCAGCAGCACUGUGUUUUGUUUAGCUUUUGACAUUGUGAUGAUUUGCAGGCGUGAAAUAAAUCCUCAUACUUUUGA